GUUAGAGUCCUCCGAAGUAUACUACAAAUUUGCCAAAAAUUACGCGAACAGUUUUCACGUCAAUUGUUCUUCGAUAUGGCUAAUUACGAAGUAGAAGGUGAAGAACUAAAAGAUAAAAGUAGAUGUGCUCAUUUACGUGCAAAAUUGAAAAUGUGUUUGUUAAAUACAGAUUGUUGUAGAAUACAAAGACGAACUCCCUUAGACUGUCUCAAAAAUAGAGAUCCAUCUAUUCCUGAUGAAUGUUAUGCGUUACGUUUAACGUUCUUCGAAUGUAAACAUUCAAUUCUCGAUGGGAGACGAAGAUUUAGGGGGCUUAGAGGUUAUUAAUACUUAAUUAUAGGAUUUUUAGCUAAGAAAAAAAGAACGCGAUAACACAGUUUGUAAGAUAUAAUAUUAGAAGUGAUUUAUUAGUAUUU